UUCAGUUUUUUUUUUUUUUAUUUUUUUUCUUUAAUUUUUUUUUUUUAAAUUUUUUUUUUGAAAAUGGGGGGACAAGUGUCCCCACAUGUCCCCUUCUAGCUCCGCCCAUGUAUUGCAUGGGUACAUCCGUACAUGUAAUAUUAGUCCAAAAUAAUUCACCUAUGGUAUGGAGAGGUAGAGCUGAUGAAGUAGUGACAUGGUUUUUAAAAAAAAUAAAAAAAAACUAAAUAAAGUAGUGACAUUGCUUUCAUCUCAUAUCUUUGAGGUUUAGGAAUCAAAUCUUAGGGAACUCAUUUAAGGAAUUUCCUUUUUAAUGUGUUCUAUUGAUCUCGGCAUGUAAAAUGUAACUUUUUAAUAGUUAACACAUGGCUAGUAUAUUUCGUGGUCGAUUGAUCUUAAUUCUUGAGUGGACAAGUCUUUCUAAUUCAAAAAAAUUAAUCAUCAAAUUCAAACUUCCUCACUAAAAGACAUGUUUAAUAGGGAAAUAAAAAGGUAUACGUAGGAACGUAGCUUUUCCCGCCAAGAAGAACACAGAGAAACUUGAGGAGAGAGAAAAUGGAGGUGAGUGUUAGCGGGAACGCACUCAAAACCUUUGCUCGCUCCAUCAACUGCCUUGCUAAAAUCGGCAACGAACUCGCCAUUCAAGCUUCUUCUUCUCAGCUUGCUUUCUACACUCUUAAUGCAUCCCGUUCUGCCUAUCAAUCGAUAUCGUUUAAACCCGAUUUCUUUGAUGUUUGCUCGGUUCCUGGUAAUCAGCAAGUUCAGUUUAGCAUCCUCUUGAAGGCUGUGUGUGCUGUCUUAAGGACUCCUCUUUCAAACAUUGAUCAUUUGAAGGUGCAUUUAUUGGAUGCUGAUGCAGCUAAAGUCAAGUGGACAUUAGAUUGUGUUAAUGGCAUGAGAAAAACCUAUUGGAUCAACUGUAAUGUGGAACCCGAUAUUCAGCAUUUGUCUCUCGACAGGGGAAGAUUCACUAGUAGCUUUGUCGUUAGGCCCCAUGAUCUCAACAGAUUGCUCUCUAAUUUUCAGUCUUCUCUUCAUGAGAUCACCAUUAUUGCUACCGAACCAUCCUCUAUUCCUUCAGAAGCUGAAAGUGAGAUUGGUGGGAAGGCUGUAGAACUUCGGAGCUACAUUGACCCUACAAAUGAUAGUGGUUCAUCCUUACACACUCAGCUUUGGAUAGAUCCAGUGGAAGAAUUCCUGCAAUAUGCUCACACUGGAAAUCCGGUAGAUGUUACGUUUGGUGUUAAGGAGUUAAAGGCAUUUCUUUCCUUUUGUGAGGCCUGCGAAGUUGAUAUCCACUUGUUUUUUGACAAGGCUGGCGAGCCUAUUCUCAUGACACCCAAAUUUGGUUUGGAUGAUGAUGGAUCUACUUCAAACUUUGAUGCCAAGCUUGUUCUUGCAACAAUGCUUACAUCACAGCUGCGUGAAGGAAAUCCAACUGGCCCUGUUCCAUCAGAUGGAGCCUUGAACGGAAGGGCUAAUAAUGAGACAGGACCAGAAGCUCAGCAAGAAAGAUCAAGGGUACAGGCCUCUGCUCAUGCAUCUGAGCAUACUAAAAUAUGGUCUGACCUUUCAGCAAGUGGUCCCAAAUCUGUCGGUGGCAGUGGAAGUAGGCCGGUUCAAGGUGAAGGAAACACCACUUCCAAUGAGCAGAGGGAAUUUCAAAAGUUUGAUGAAAUGCAAAUUUCAGAGCAUCCCCCUGAAGGAGAAAAUGCCGCUGGUGGUCCAAAUUCCUCUCAUCAUAUGGAAACUGUUCAACGGGUGGCGCAUCAAGGGUUGCAAGAAAAGGAGGAAGGCUUUUCUCAACGCCAUCCUAGGAAUUGGGUAGAUGCAGAUGAGGAUGAGGAUGAAGAAGACAAUGAAAUGUGUGUACAGUCUACACCACCAUACUAUGAAGAACAGUGAGAGUAAUGGGUGACCGCUCUUCAAUUGUAACUUUUCAGAUAUCAGGAGGCGAAUGGCUACAUAUCAUUCGACUCUGAUGUAGGCAUGAUUAUAUGAUUCAUGAAUCAUGAUCAUAUAAAUAUAUGAUGAAACCUUUGAUUUAAUCAAUUUUUUUUUUUUUUUUUUUUUGACAAAUUAAUCAUUUUUGUUAUUAGAAGUAAAUGGUUUUUUAAUGAUGCCAUAUGAAUGAUGGUAUGAUAAACUGAGCUCAUCUAGUUAUUGUGAAUAUAUAUGAUUCUCCUGGGAAUAUCGACAUGAAUUUGUAUUGUAACCUUUUUAUGAAACAGAUUUUGUUGAAGUUGGUGUUGUAUACUUGUAUUUACUCAUGUUUCAGCACUAUGUCCAAUGAACUUUACGGCUGAAAUUUUGUCAAAUCAUAUGCGACGCAAUCAUAUGC